UCCAGUGCUCCAUCAAUUCCCACGUGAUGUUAAUUAAAUUUAACGAGAAAAUAAAUAAAAUAACUAAUUCCAAAGUUAUAAGCUGCGGUCAGGAAUCGAAUAAUCUCAAAUCUUAAUAAACGCAAACAAAUUUGGUCGCCUCUUUAUAUCGUUAGAACUACCUUUGGCACCUGUGUACAUGAGAACUACAGUACCAGGAGUGAAAUUUUCACCAUUGUGGUGCAAAAAGCCUCUCUUGAUAUGUUUACUGUUAAGGACAAGUGAUAAGUGAUAACUCUUAUCACCUGUUUCAAAGCAAAUAGUUGAAAAAAUAUGUGGAAAUACAUCGCGGGUACAGUCGUCGUAGGUUCAGUAACUUACGGUCUAUAUCGAUAUUUCGCUGGAGGUGUCUGUAAAUGUACAGCGCGACUGGACGGUUUAGUCGUGGUCAUAACAGGUGGAAACUCUGGAAUUGGUAAAGCCCUAGCCGUAGAAUUGGCCCAAAGAGGUGCGACUCUUGUUCUUGCAUGCAGAGACGUCGAAAAAGGUAUCAACGCAAAAAAAGACAUUCUACUAAGUUUGAAUAAUAAAAACGUGAAGAUAUUUGUGAAACGACUGGAUCUUGCCUCAGUGAGCAGCAUUUUGAAAUUUUCGGAAUCUCUAAAGUGCGAAUUUAGCGAGAUUUAUGCAUUGGUUAACAAUGCUGGGAUUUUUUACCACCCACACACAGUAACAGAGGAUGGGUAUGAAAUAACAUUCCAGACUAAUUACUUAGGCCAUUUUAUCUUAACGCACAAUUUACUCACCUUGUUGAAAAAAGCGGACCAUUCCCGCAUUGUUAACGUGACGUCUGAAGCCCACAGAUUAGUAAACGUUUAUGACUUAAACGCCAUCACAAAAUCACAAACUGAGUUUCGGUCGCAUUUAGUCGCUUAUGGAGUGACCAAACUCGCGUUAAUUUUAUUUACGCGCUACUUAUUCAAGAAAUUGUCAAACACGAACAUAAUAGUGAACGCUGCUAAUCCAGGCAACGUGGAAACGAGCCUUUUCCGGUACUUCCCCUUCCUGAGCAAUAAGUUCUUGUACGGCCUUCAGUGGCCAAUCAGACAAAUCGUCGUCAAGAGCCCCCGACAAGGGGCCCAAACCAUUUUGCACUGUUUGUUGACUUCAAACAGGACAACUGGGCAGUAUUACAGUGACUGCAAAUUGUCUUUGCCAAGCCCUCUCGCUUUGGACGAUAAGCUUGCCAAGGAUUAUUAUGAACUCACUUUGGAGAUACUAGGCGAUAGGUUUAGCACAGAGUCUGAGUGUUAA